AUGAGUAUUAAUGGCACCCGUUAUAACGUUGGAGGGAACUAUUCCAUCUCUCAAAAACUAAAAGAUUCUAUCCUUGAAGAAACCACUGGUGGUGAUGGGGAAGAACAUAGCGAUGUUUUACAAGAGAGAAUGAAACAGAGAUCUAUAUAUGACAAGGAGGAUGAAUAUCAUCAAAGAAGACAUAACCUGAAUAAGAAGAGAGAUAUUGAACAAGUGAGUGAUCAAACAAAAGAAACAACCCAAUUAGUAAAGAAGAAAAGGAAAUCUAGAUGGGAUGUACAGACUUAUGUUAUGCCGGAAGAAUCAAAAGACGCAGUUGCUGAAAUGACAGAGAUUGAUAACAUACCGAAUGGUAUGGAUUUGAGAUAUUUUAAACCUUCUGAUAAAAUACAUUUCCAAUUGAUAUUAAAGGAAGAUGAUGAAGAAAAAUUGAGCACAGAUGACCAAAAAAAGUACAAGUACUUAGUCUUAUUAUUAAAAGUAAAAAACGGUAGUACUCAAUCUAGAAGAGAUGCUAUGAAAAAACUAAUUUCAAAAUGUGAAUCCUUUGGACCUAAGAUUAUAUUUGACUGUACUCUUCCAAUAUUAUUAGAUAGAUCAUUAGAGGACCAAGAACGCCAUUUACUCAUAAAGUUUCUAGACAGACUGUUAUUUAAACUGGGGAGUUCAGUGAGGCCAUUUGCUAAAGAUGUGUUAGCUGUGUUGUCACCUCUACUUAUUGAUGAAGACCCAACAGUAAGAGUCACUGGUAGAGAUGUGAUAAGUAACUUAGCAUCCGUAACUGGUUUAGUUACAAUGUUACAAGUUAUUCGCCCAGAUAUGGAAAAUGAGGAUGAGUAUGUACGAAAUAUUGCUGCAAGAUUGUUGGCAAUAAUAUCUCGUCCUCUAGGGGUUAAUAAUGUUAUCCCAUUCAUAGACGCUGCCUGUCAUUCGAGGAACUCAUGGAGAUCUCGUCAUACUGGUAUUAAGAGUAUCGGUCAGAUGUCUAAAUUACUUGGUAUAGCCCAAUUACCAUAUCUGGAUUCGAUGAUGCAGUGUGUUUCUAAUGGGUUGGACGACGAGCACAUUGCUAUUAGGAUGCUUACAGCCAAUACAAUUGCCACUUUGGCCGAAGAUUCUUUCCCCUACGGUAUUGAAUCCUUUAAUAUUAUAUUAGAACCUCUUUGGAAAGGUUUGAAAAAACACCGUGGUAAAAUGUUAGCUGCAUUUAUAAAAUGUUUGGCAUCAAUAUUACCAUUGAUGAACACAGAAUAUGCUGGUUAUUACACUGAAGAAUUGAUGCAUAUAAUAUGUAGAGAAUUUCAUUCACCUGAUGAAGAAAUGAGAAGGGCAAUAUUGAUUGUUUUACAAAAAUGUUGUAAAGUCGAAACAGUUACACCCAGAUAUUUAAGGGAACAGAUUGGACCUAUUUUUUUCAAAAAUUUCUGGAACAGACGUGUUGCCUUAGACAAAAAUUUGAAUAAGAUGGUGACUUACACCACCGUCGUCUUAGCAGAAAAAAUGGGUACCGCUUAUAUCGUAGACGAAUUAUUGAAGCCAUUAAGAGAUGAUUCAGAGCCAUUUAGAGUUAUGGCUAUUCAUGCCGUUGAUAGAGUAGUACAACUAACAGGUACAACUGAAUUAGAUAACAGACUGGAGUCACGUUUACUUGAUGCCCUAUUGAUAGCAUUUCAAGACCAAAAAGAUGGAGAUCCUGUGAUAUUUAGAGGAUUUGGAACGGUCGCUGCAUCGCUAGGUGUGCGUAUGAAACCAUACUUAUCUCCAAUUGUUAGUGCCAUUUUAAACCAAUUGAAACAUAAAGAUAAAAUAAUUCGUCAAAAUGCAGCCGAUCUUUGCUACAUUCUAAUACCUGUUAUUAAAGAAUGUGACGAAAUUGAAAUGAUUAACAAACUUAAUAUUAUUCUUUACGAAUCUCUAGGUGAAAUGUAUCCUGAUGUUUUAGGGUCAAUAAUUAAAGUCAUUAAUGCUAUUAUGUCUGUGAUGGAUUUCAAAAUAUUACAACCACCAGUCAAUCAAAUACUGCCAUCAUUGACGCCAAUUCUUAGAAAUAACCACAAAAAGGUACAACUAAAUACAGUGAAGUUAAUUGGAUGUGUGGCUCGCAAGGGCCCAGAUUAUGUCCCACCAAAGGAAUGGUUGAGAGUAUGUUUUGAGUUAUUGGAGUUGUUGAAAAGUACCAAUAAAAAAACCAGGAUAGCUGCAAAUUCCACUUUUGGUGAAAUUGCAAAAGCAGUGGGUCCUCAAGAUGUAUUAGUUGUCUUAUUGAAUAACCUUAAAGUCCAAGAACGUCAAUUACGUGUCUGCACUGCAGUUGCCAUUGGUAUCGUAGCCAAGGUAUGUGGACCAUACACAGUCUUACCAGCAAUGAUGAAUGAGUAUAAGACUCCAGAGACCAAUGUUCAAAACGGUAUACUGAAGGCAAUGACAUUCAUGUUUGAAUAUAUAGGGUCAAUGUCACAGGACUAUGUAUAUUUUAUUUCGCCAUUGUUAGAGGAUGCAUUAGUAGAUCGAGAUUUAAUCCACCGUCAAACUGCUGCCACAGUGGUAAGAAAUAUUGCUCUAAAUUGUAUUGGUGUAGGUAAUGAAGAUGUGUUCAUCCAUUUGUUAAAUCUUUUGAUACCAAAUGUUUUUGAGACGUCGCCCCACGUUAUUGUCCGUAUACUAGAUGGUUUAGAAGCAUUAAAUUAUGCCAUCGGACCUGGUGUAUUCAUGAACUAUAUAUGGGCAGGGCUAUUCCAUCCAGCUAAGAAUGUGAGAGCAGUCUUUUGGAAGUUGUUCAACAAGGUAUAUGUGGAGAGUGGAGAUACAUUAGUGCCUCAUUAUCCAUUAUUACAAGACACGGAAAACAAGAUAGAGAUAGAGGAACUCGAUUGGAUCUUGUAG